AUGCGGCGUCCCGGGCCGCUCCUCUUCGCGGCGCUGGCCGCCGCCGCCGUCGCGCUCCUGGCCCCGCUUCCGCCCGCGGCGAUCGCGGCAGAUUGUCCGUUAGAUUUCAGUUGGCCCAACUUUGCGCUGAUAGCUUCUGUAUGCUCGGAUCAGAAUGGGCACUCAAAGUGUUGCCGCUAUAUCAAUGCCGUCCUCACGGUCUCAUCUGCAAUGUAUGCGAACACAACAGGCACUCUUGGGGUUCCGUCUGAACUUGCCGACGCCUGUAUUCGCAAUAUCUCAGACACCUUCGUGUCCAAUGGGAUACUUCCUACUGCAGCUUCGUUUUGUGGCCUCGGGAUCAAGAUUCUGGCGUCCUAUCAGUGCGUUGGGAUGACUACUAUCGUCCAAAUGUUACAAUCUCCGAAUUUCAGUGACGUCACUAGAAAUUGUGCAACCUCACUUCCAGAUGACGUGAGCUGCAAGAGGUGCUUAAAUUCUGGUUUGUCAUACCUCCGCCAUCUUGUGGGAGAACAAGAUAAUGUCACAUUGAAUACCUGCCGCGACGCUGCCUUUGUUGCUUUUGUGAGUCAAGGGAACAUAUCUACUCUUGAUACAGCGGGUUGCUUUUUCAGCGUUCAGGGGCUGAGUGCUCUUCAAGUGAACAUCUCGACAUCAUCCCCAGUUGGAUAUCCUGCACCAAAUAUUCCCCCCAGUCCAUUUGCAUCGCAAAUUCCUGGGGAACAUGUUGCUGAAGUGCCAUCCAACCAUCAUCAUAGUUACAAGCGUGUACUAUUCCCUGCCAUCGGGGCCUUGGUUACAGGAUUAUCAGUUACACUACUGGUAGUACUGAUUUUACUCAUCCGAAGAAAGAGCAAAGAACUAGAAAAGAUUGAGGGAAUUAACCCUUUGAAAGUGUUGAGUUCCUGUGUCACAAAGGGCCAAGAAGGUACUUCCACCAUUUUUGGCAGAUUUAGUUACGCAGAAAUGAGAAGGGCAACAAGAAACUUCAGCACCACACUGGGAGGGAAUGAUAAUGCAAUAAUAUUCAAAGGACAACUGAGCAAUGGUUCUGUGGUUGCCAUUAAGCGCAUAGAGAGCUCACCAAAACAAGAUCAGCAGUUAUUCUGCAAAGAAAUGGAAUUUCUUGGGCGGCUGCAUCAUCGACAUCUUGUUGGACUUAAAGGUUAUUGUUUAACAAAAUAUGAGAGGUUCCAGGUUUAUGAAUACAUGGAAAAUGGAAGCCUUAAGGAUCACCUUCACUCGUCAGGUAAACUUUUGCUGCCGUGGAAAAACAGGAUCCAAAUCGCCAUUGAUGUUGCAAAUGCUUUGGAGUACCUUCAUUUCUAUUGUGAUCCUCCAUUGUACCAUGGAGACAUAAAGCCUAGCAAUGUCCUCCUGGACAAGAAUUAUCUCGCAAAGCUUGCUGGGUGUGGCCUUGCACACUGCUCAAAUGGUGGCAAUACUAUCGUCAGUUCCACUCCAGGGACUGUCAAGAUCCAGGCAACUCCUGUACCGUGUGUAUAUCUCCGUGCAGGGUACGUAGACCCCGAGUAUGUGGUGACCCAGGAGCUGACGGCCAAGAGCGACGUGUACAGCUACGGCGUACUGCUGCUGGAGCUCGUCACCGGGAGGCCCGUGGUGCAGGACGACCGGAGCCUCGUGGAGUGGUCUCGCGAGCUCAUCGGCACCGACUACCGCCUCCACGAGCUGGUGGACCCGGCGGUGGCGGACACGUUCGACCUGGAGGAGCUGCAGGUGAUGGCGGACGUGAUCCACUGGUGCACCCACAAGGACGGCGGGGCGCGGCCGUCCAUGAAGCAGGUCCUCCGGAUCCUCUACGAGCGGCUGGACCCGCUGUCCGGCGGGUUCGCGCGUGCCGUGGAGGUCGAGCAGGGGUACUACUACGGCGGGCAGAGCGGGAGGAAGGCGAAAGAGUGGCAGCAGCGGCCGCGGGAUGGCGGCGGCGACGUGAUCCAGUUCAGCGGCGAGCCGCGGUGCCUGCCAUCGUCGUCCAGCACGUCCAGGUCCCACUGCAGCCGGACUGUGCCGCUGGAGGGCAACUCGCCGGAGCCCCAGUCGCCAGCCCACGCCGACCGCGGCGGGUUCUUCGCCUGA